GUAACGAUGUCAUCACUAUUGAAUCGCUAAUCAAAUCAGUAAGACCAAUCCAGAACCAAGAUUAAUAAUCUUCAGCCCCGAGUCUUACUGUAUCAAAACUAUAGACACAAAUUCUACAUAUAAACUCGAAUUCCAAGAUCUGCUAUUUGAAUUCCUAUUGACCCUUCCUCCUCAAAAUAACAAUCCUCCACUAUCAUCCAAAGAUGUCCAAUCCAGACCCAUCAAACGGCGCAACGGUCGCCUCACUUCCACCUGCAGCCAUAGCGUUAGCAACCAGAAUGUACGACGCAGCUCGGAAUGGAGACAUGGAGAUUUUCAACCAAGCUUUAUCUCUAGGUCUACCGGCUAAUAUGACAAACGAGAAGGGUGAUAGUCUUAUAAUGUUAGCUGCCUACCACGGGCAUGCACCACUCGUUCGACUUCUUCUUCAGUAUGGCGCGAAUCCCAAUUCAUUAAACGAUCGAGGACAAUCCCCUCUAGCGGGUGCUGUCUUCAAGGGAGAAUCUGAAGUUGUCGAGGCAUUACUCGAAGGCAACGCAGAUCCAGAAGUGGGUUCUCCAAGCGCAAUGAGAGCCGUAGAAUUGUUCAAACAGGAAGAGAAAUGGUUAAAGAAAUUUGAAGAGGCGCCUGGCAGAGGAAAGGCUGUUUAGAGAAUAGGGGCAGGCUACGGUGUUUAGGUUUGGACAACAAUCGGGUCUUGAGGGGUGUUGGAUCUUCUGGGACAUGUACACAGUUUGGAGAUUGAAUCUGCAGUAUGUUUUUGUAUUGUCAGAAUAAUUAUUAAUUGCAGCAAAUCA